AUGUCGCACACGAGCCAGAUGGCACCUGCGACAGCAACAUCACCAUCACCACCACCACCACCGCCGCCACCAUCAUCAUCAUCACCGCCGCGGCCGCGGCCGGUGUCAGAUACCGACCAGCAUGCUGCUGUGCGCGCUGCUGCUGCUACCAGUGCUACCACUACCACUGCUGAGGGAGCGCAGCCAGGAAUGAGAAAACGCGGCGGAGCGGGUGCGAAAGAGGUGGAUAAGCGGAGCUUGGAUUAUUUGCUUCGUAGCGGGUUGGCUGGGGGUUUGGCCGGAUGUGCGGCCAAAACGGUGGUCGGCCCUCUCGACAGAGUCAAGAUCCUGUUCCAGACUUCGAAUCCACAGUUUGCCAAAUAUUCCACAAGCUGGUUCGGUGUUGUGUCGGCUAUGAAAUCGAUCAAUCAGCAUGAAGGCGUCCGCGGACUGUUCAAAGGGCACUCCGCCACACUCCUGCGGAUAUUCCCCUACGCCGCUAUCAAAUUCUUAGCCUACGAACAGAUCCGUGCCGUCAUAAUUCCCACCAAACAAAAUGAAACUCCCUUCCGCCGGCUGAUAAGCGGCAGCCUGGCAGGCAUUUCGUCAGUUUUUUGCACAUAUCCAUUAGAGCUUAUUCGAGUACGGCUGGCGUUUGAAACGAAGCAUAAUUCUAGAUCGUCCUUGAGGAAAAUUUGUUCGCAGAUUUACCAUGAAAACGGCGGAGCCGCGACUUCCGCGUCCUCUUCUUCAGUUACCACGGCCGCCGCGGUGGAGGGAUCCAGAUCCGGCCCUGCAGCCGUCGCUCCGGCCGUCAAGCGCGCUGCGCCGCUGGGGGGCCUGUCGAACUUCUACCGCGGCUUCUCGCCAACCCUCGUCGGCAUGUUCCCUUACGCGGGCAUGUCCUUCCUCACCCACGACACGAUCGGCGACUGGCUCCGCUCCCCGAGCCUAGCGCCCUACACCACCAUCCCGGAUUCAGAACGGUUCACCCGCUCCGGCCAGGAACAGCCUCGCUCCCACCGCGCCCAGCUCAAGGCCUCCGCCGAACUGUUCUCCGGAGCUCUGUCCGGCCUGGUCUCCCAGACUUCGUCGUACCCGCUGGAAGUCAUCCGGCGGAGAAUGCAGGUCGCGGGGGCCGUGGGAGACGGACACCGGAUGAGUAUCUUGGAGACCGCUGGAGUGGUGUGGAUGGAGAAAGGGUUUAGGGGGUUCUUCGUGGGGUUGACGAUUGGGUAUAUGAAGGUUAUACCGAUGGUGGCGACCAGCUUUUUCGUGUAUGAGAGGGGGAAGUGGUGGUUGGGUAUUUGA